AUGAAUAUAGAAGAGCGAUCACCUGACUUUGAUAUUGAAAAGAAAUUCAAACCUAUUAACAGAGGGAGAGAAUUUAUGGGUAUCAAAUUAAAAGAGGGCUAUACAGUGGCGAAUUUAAUCUCCAUCCCACUGAUAACUGCUUCUCUCACUGUAUCUUCAUUCUACCUUGGAAUCCAAAUAGUGUUCAUUCUCAGAGAUCCAGAGUACUUUAACGUACCUAAAGAAAAUAUAGGCACUGUAACUAAUAGUCUCACAUUUUAUGCAACAUUCUUCUAAAUCGCACUUGUAAUCAUCAUUGGCUAUAUAUACGACAUUUUCGGCAGGAAGAUAACUCUUCUCGCCUCUUUGAUUGGAGGAGCUAUUGUAUUAUUUUUGUUGCCCUAUACAGCACCGAAUGUGUGGCCUGGUCUAUACCUUCUAAGAGCUAUUUAUGCUGUUUUUGCUACGGUUGGAGUUUGUUCUCCCUUGAUAAAUGAUUAUGUAGUUAAGGAAUCGAGAGGCAAGGCCAAUGCCUUCUAAAAUUCUGGAGUCAUAAUCGGUGAAUUGUUUAAUCUUUUUGUGCUUUUAAAAUUGACCAAAGACUUGUCGAAUAGCCUAUAAUAUCAGCUAGUUGCUGUGUUCUUAAUUUUGGUGGUGGGUGUACUUGUUUUCCUCAUGAAAGAACCAGCCAAAUAUUAAAAGAAAUCCAAGACUUAGGAAAGCUUGCUAGUUAAGAAUAGAAAGAAUGAGGACUAGCUGAGUAACUCUAGUAUACUUAAAAAUGAACUAGAGUAUGAAGUAGAAGAUUCUUUUAUUAAUCAUUCGAUAAGUCACAAAGUCAAGUACCUCACAAAGCAUGUUAUUUGGUCACUCAAAAGUAACAUCAUCUUCCCAGUAUGCUAUUUUGGAAUAUUCUUGAUGAGAAUGAAUGCAGUGAUGGUUGUGACGUUUUACACUCUUUGGUUGUCUGGAUUCGCUGGGACUGCAUUGAAAGAUUAAGAUGAGGCAUCAGAAUUAUUUUAGGAAUACCUCACUAUGGCUGUUCUUUGCGUCAUCAUUUUGAUUGUGCCGGUAGGUAAAAUGUCUGAUAGAUUCAAGUACAAGGAUUUGAUUCCUUGGAUUGGAUCAAUCAAUGUUUUAGCUAUAUACCUUAUAUACCAAAUCAAAGAUCCUAAAAGCUUUGAAGCUAUGAUUGUAUUCGUCCUAAUGACAUGCUCCCUAUUUAUGCAAAACUUAUUGACAGACACUCUAUUUCAGAAAAACAUUCCAAAGGAUAUCAGAGGCUCAAUGAUAGGGUGCUACAACUUUGUGGGCAUCAUAGCUAUCCUAUUCUUUUCAAAGAUCGGAGGGUAUUUGCAUGAUUAGUACGGUUCGCAGUACCCUUUUGUUUUUGUAGGAGUUUUUCAAGUAGCUUUCAUCCUGAUAAUAAUCAUCCUAGGUCUAACUAAUAAAUUCAAUAGUUGA